AGGGGUAGAUUCUCAUGCUGCACAGGACUUGUACUAUUGUCUCUUGGACUUUUCGGAUUUUCUACGAGAAGGCAUUACUUGAGUUUGAAAAGCAUAGAUGGCAUGGCAGUGAGCUUGCUCUUCCUGAACCUUCUAGAGUUGAGAUUCGGGCUGAUGGUAGUCAAACUUGUGGAUCAGGCAGGACACUAAGGGAUGCUGCAGCAGUGCAGCUCGUGCCAUGCAGGGUUGGCACUCUCAAUGCCUUUUUGGAAAUGGCGAGGAGAAGCAUUUGAGUACUAUGCCAAAAAGCGACAAGCAGCUCAAGAGCUCUGGUUUGUUAAAGCGGAAAAAGCUAUCUCCUGGGGAUUGUGCUGCCCAGAUUACUGACAUGAAAGCGACAAAGCCACGGUUAGAUAUGACUGUAUUCGAUAUUGGACAGCCAGCAGAUUGGGUGAAAAUUAACGUGAAACGAUUUAGCGACUGCUUUGAGGUAUGUGCCCUGGUUCCUGGACUUCUGCGUGAGGAGAUCGAAUUACGCAUAUGAUAAUUUUACUACCUUAUAACAGAGGACGUCUAAAACAACAAAGUGGCAGCGACGAUCCGAAUUGUUCUACACCCAAAAGGAUGUUGAUGUUGUGAGGUCAGAGUGGGCUAAGUUUGUGAUGAAGUAUCAUAUUGCAUUGCUGUGAUGGUUGUUCAAGGCAGGGCUCUUAUUUUGGUAUUUUGAUCACCUGCCUCCUGCUAGCUGGUUUUAGUUUUUGCUUUAGUUAUAGGCAUGGUUAAUGCGCAGUUGAAGGCAUUUUUGUUUUGGUAUUUUGAUGAGCCUCCUGCUAGCUAGU